UCCCACCUCUUUGCACCAUCAAUCACCAUUGCUGAUCGAUCACCUCUGAAAUCGAUACAUCUUGCAAGCUGUUAGCAAAAGCCUACAAGCUAGUCAAGUCAAGUGAAAUAGCUAGCAUGACUGGCGUGUGGGUAUUCGAGGACGGGAUCGUGAGGCGGGCGGACAACGAGGCGCCCGGCCGCGGCGGCGGGAGCGGGGCGCGGCCGGGCAAAGUGCUGGUGCAUGUGCCGAGCGGCGAGGUGGUGACCACGUACGACGUCCUGGAGCGGCGGCUGCGGGAGCUAGGGUGGGAGCGCUACCUCAACGACUCGUGCCUGCUCCAGUUCCACCAGCGCUCCACCGUGCACCUCAUCUCCGUCCCGCGAGACUUCGCCCGCCUCAAGCUCGUCCACAUGUACGACGUCGUCGUCAAGACGCGCAACGUCUUCGAGGUUCGCGACGCGUGAGCUUCCAAGCUUGCCUGUCUGCCCUGGGUAAGAUAUACUGUAGAUACCACGAGGUAGUCUUCGUCUACCUGGCAGGACGGCUGGCCGUCAUAUAUAUUACCACCGUACGUAUGUAGUAUUGUAUAUGUGUGCGAUCGAAAUACCACGGUACUACGUGCGCGUGCGUGUGGCUUUUGCUGGUCUGCAUGUGUGUAGCUCAAUACGCCCGGGGUCGUCUGGUGCUAUCUCCAGCCGAAUUGUUUGUACAUAUAUAUUACUAUAUUAUAGUGUAUGGUUUGUGAAGCUUGAGUGAUAGAUUCAGUGAACCGAAUCAAUCACUCAUGCUCUAUAAAAUGCAAUAUAAAUAAGAGAUUUCCAUUAAUUAGUUA